GCCGCUGGCCCGCACAUGGGCGCGGGGCCGGGGGAGCGCGGGUUCGAGUCUCGGCUCCGCGUCUCGGCUCCGCUGCCCGCCCGCCAUGGCCCGGCGGAGCGCACUCUCCAUCCGCAUCGUGGAGGGCAGGAACCUGCCCGCCAAGGACAUCACGGGGAGCAGCGACCCGUACUGCAUCGUGAAGAUCGACAAUGAGGCCAUCAUCAGGACUGCCACGGUGUGGAAGACACUGUCCCCGUUCUGGGGGGAGGAAUACGAGGUGCACCUCCAGCCCACCUUUCACAGCGUCUCCAUCUACGUCAUGGAUGAGGAUGCGCUCAGCCGCGAUGACGUUAUCGGGAAGGUCUGCAUCACCCGGGACAUGCUGGCGGAGCACCCCAAGGGCUACAGCGGCUGGAUGAGCCUCAGCGAGGUGGACCCGGACGAGGAGGUGCAGGGGGAGAUCCACCUGCGGGUGGAGGUCCAGGGGAGCCAGGGCGGCCGGCGGCUGCUGUGCUGCACCGUGCUGGAGGCCAGGGAUUUGGCCAGGAAGGACCGGAACGGCGCCUCCGACCCCUUUGUCCGCUUGCGCUACAACGGGAAGACGCAGGAGAGCACCGUGGUCAAGAAAUCCUGCUACCCCCGCUGGAACGAGACCUUCGAGUUCGAGCUGGCCCAGCCCGCCGGGGAGAAGCUGUGCGUGGAGGUGUGGGACUGGGACCUCGUCGGCAGGAACGACUUCCUGGGCAAGGUGGUGUUCAGCGUCCAGGGGCUGGAGGCGGCCGGGCAGGAGGAGGGCUGGUUCAGGCUGUGGCCGGACAAGUCCAAGCCAAGGGAGGAGGAGCGCCGAGGCAGCCUGGGCUCGCUGCAGCUGCAGGUGAGGCUGCGGGACGAGACGGUGCUGCCGUCCCACUGCUACCAGCCCCUGGUCCAGCUCCUGUGCCAGGAGGUGACGUCGGGGCUCCAGGAUGGCCAAGUGCACCUGGUCACCCUCCUGGAUGAAACCACCACGGCCGAGUGCCGGCAGGAGGUCGCCAUCAACUUGGUCAAACUCUUCCUGGGCCAAGGGCUGGUCAAGGAGUUCCUGGACCUGCUCUUCGAGCUGGAGCUGGCCAAGCCCUGUGAGCCCAACACUUUGUUCCGGAGCAAUUCCCUGGCCUCGAAGUCGAUGGAGUCCUUCCUCAAGGUGACGGGGAUGCCGUACCUGCACGCCAUCCUGGGACCCACCAUCACCCGUGUGUUCGAGGAGAAGAAGUACGUGGAGCUGGACCCCGGCAAGGUGGAGGUCAAAGAUGUCGGGUGCUCGGGGCUGCACCGGGUGCAGACGGAGGGCGAGGUGAUCGAGCAGGGACGCCAGCACCUCCAGUCCUACCUGAGCGAACUGCUGGAUGCCAUCGGCAAGUCAGCCGCAGCAUGUCCCCCCGUCAUCCGCGCCACUUUCCGGCAGCUCUUCCAGCGUGUCGGGGAGCGCUUCCCCCAGCACCAGCACGCCAAGUUCGUGGCCGUCACCAGCUUCCUCUGCCUCCGCUUCUUCUCGCCGGCCAUCAUGACCCCCAAGCUCUUCCACCUGAGGGACACACACGCCGACGCGCGCACCAGCCGCACACUGCUGCUCCUGGCCAAGGCUGUCCAGAUGGUGGGCAACAUGGAGCCGGCAGCCGGGCGGGCCAAGGAGGCCUGGCUGGCCCCGCUGCUGCCCGCCCUGCAGCAGGGCAUCGCCCAGAUGAAGGACUUCAUCGCCCGGCUGGUGGGGAUGGAGGAAGAGGAGGAGGAGGAGGAAGGUGAGGGGCAGCUGCCAGGCCCCUCUGCCGCGGUGGUGAAGGAGGGGCCGCUUGUUAUCCACAAGACACGGGGCAAGGGGCCGCUGCUUGCCGCCACCGCUAAGAAACUCCAUUUUUGCCUCACCGGGGAGGCCCUCAGCUUCGGCAAGAGCCCUGGCGCCGAGCGUAUCGGCGCCAUCGCCCUGGCCGACAUCCUCGCUGCCGAGAAGGUGGAGGAGAAGAGCUUCGGGAGCUCCCACGUCAUGCAGGUGGUCUACAUGGACGCGGGCGGGCGGCAGGAGACAGCCUACCUCCAGUGCAAGUGCGUCAACGAGCUGAACCAGUGGCUGUCGGCCCUGCGCAAGGUGUGCGGCAACAACCCCCGCGUGCUCCGCGCCUACCACCCCGGCGUCUUCCGCGGGGACAAGUGGAGCUGCUGCCACCAGAAGGAGAGGACAGGAGUGGAGCGACCCCCUGGACCCCGCGGCGGAGGCCCAGCGCCUCUUCCACCACCUCCAGGGACUCCGAGGGACGCUCAGGGAAAAGUACUGGGAGCUGCUGGAGCCGGAGGACGCCCAAAAUGGCCCCCGGGGGGAAGGUUCCCCCCUGCCCGAGGGGCUGAGCCGGCUCUUCGGGGUGCUGGGGGAGCUGGAGGGCUGCCACCGCCUGGCGCAGCCCCCCGAACCCCCGGCCCCCGCCCUGCUGCAGCUGCAGGUGUGAGGGGACCCCCGGGGUGGCCGUCCCCACACCUCGGGGACUGCUGCCGUGGCAAUAAAGGCACUUUGUACCCUGCAGCCGGGUCCCGUCUGUCUCUGGUGGGGACGCUGCCGGCCACGGGGAUGGGCACUGGUGGCGGCAGCACUGGGUGGGGACUGGCCAAAGCUCUGCUGGUGGCACUGGUGGCGCUACUGACGGUGGCACUGCUUGUGGUGGCAUUGGUGACAUUGCUGAUGGCCCUACUGCUGGCAGCGGUGCAUCACUGGUGGUUCUGCUGGUGGCCUGGUGAAAGCACUGCUUGGUGGCUCCAUUGCUAGUGGCUCCACUGGUGGUGGCACUGCUGGUGGCACUGGUAGCUCUGCUAGUGGCAGCACUGGUGGUGCUACUGGUGUUGGCACUAGCGUCAUCGCUGAUGACCCCGCCGCUGCCAUUUCUUGUGGCCCUACUGGUGGCAGCGGUGGCAUUACUGGUGGUUCUGCUGGCGGCCUGGUGAAAGCACUGCUGGUGGCUCCACUGGUGGCGCCACUGAUGGUGGCACUGGUGGAAGUGCUGCGGGUGGCACUGGUCGUUUUACUGGUGGCUGCGCUGGUGGUGCCAGUGAUGGUGGCACUGGUGACACCCUGGUGGCCCUCCUGGUGGACUUCUGGUGGCCGCGGUGGUGGCAUCACUGGUGGGUCUGCUGCUGGGGGCAUUGCUGAUGGUGUCACUGGUGUUGGUGCUCCUUAUGGCAUCACUGAUGACAUCAGCAGGGGCCCUGCUAGUGACCUUUCUGGUGGCACCAAUAGGGCACUGAUGGUGGAACCACCGAUGGUUUUGCUGAUGAUCCCAGCAAUGGUGGCACACACGAUGGAACUGGUGCCACCACUGCUCGUGGUGGCACUGGUGAUGUCACUGACGGCUUUGCUCGUGGCCACGGUGGUGGCAUCACUGGUGGUUUUGCUGGUGGCCUGGUGAAAGCACUGGGGGUGCUAGUGAUGGUGGCGCUGGGGGGGAAGUACUGCUGGUGGCGCCACGGGUGAAAGCACUACUGGUGGGAGCACUGGUGGGUGGCUCCACGGGUGGCGGCACUGGUGGAAGUGCUUCCGGUGGCUCUAGUGGUGGCUCCGCUGGUGGUGGCACUGGCGACACCCUGAUGGCCCUCCUGGUGGACUUCUGGUGGCCGCGGUGGUGGCAUCACCGGUGGUUCUGCCGGCC